GGUGAGGGAGGCGGCCACGGGCCCAGGCUACGGGGAUGGCUGGGCGGACGACCCUGCUGGCCCUGCUGGCCGGAGCCGCAGCGCUAGCGGACGCCUCCCAGGGUGACCGGGAGCCCGUGUACCGUGACUGCGUCCUCCGCUGCGACGAGUGGAACUGCUCCGGGGCCGGUCUGCAGCACUUCCGCUCCCACCAGCCAAUCUACAUGAGUCUGGCAGGCUGGACCUGCAAAGAUGACUGUAAGUAUGAAUGCAUGUGGGUCACCGUGGGCCUCUACCUCCGAGAAGGUUACAAAGUUCCUCAGUUUCAUGGGAAGUGGCCCUUCUCUCGGUUCCUUUUCUUCCAAGAGCCAGCCUCAGCCGUGGCCUCCUUCCUCAAUGGUUUAGCCAACCUGGUCAUGCUCAGCCGGUAUCGGACCUCUGUCCCAGCUUCCUCCCCUAUGUACCACACCUGUGUGGCCUUUGCCUGGGUCUCGCUCAAUGCCUGGUUCUGGUCCACAGUCUUUCACACAAGGGACACAAGCCUCACUGAGAAAAUGGACUACUUCUGUGCCUCCACGGUGAUUCUGCAUUCCAUCUAUCUGUGCUGUGUGAGGACUCUGGGGCUACAGCGCCCAGCCGUGGCCAGUGCCUUCGGGGGGUUCCUGCUGCUGCUGCUAGCUGCCCACAUCUCCUACCUGAGCCUGGUGCACUUCGACUACGGCUACAACAUGGUGGCCAACGUAGCCAUGGGCUUGGUAAAUCUGGUGUGGUGGCUGGGCUGGUGUCUCUGGAACCAGCCUCGGCUGCCCCAUGUGUGGAAGUGCGCUGUGGUGAUGCUUCUGCUGCAGGGGCUGGCUUUCCUUGAGCUGCUGGACUUCCCUCCCAUCUUCUGGGUCUUGGAUGCCCAUGCCAUCUGGCAUAUCAGCACCAUCCCCAUUCACUUCCUCUUCUUCAGUUUCCUGAUGGACGACAGUCUCUACCUUCUCAAGGACAUCUCAGUCCCACUAAAGAUGGAUUGAAGAGGUGGGGGACAGUUCUACUUUGCCCAGCCUCAGCUCUGGAUGUUGGAAGCUACAGCCCACAGGGUAGUGUGAUUUUUUUCCCUUUACUCCUUAAACUUGGACUCUGGUCAGGGGUGGAGAAGUGGCUCCAGGACUCUGCCCCUUCCUCCACUCCGUUGCCCUCUAACUGCCUUCAAAGUGCUAUUUCCCGUUCCGUCACCCCACCUCCGUUCUUCAGACAUUGAGUGGGGUUAGUGGCUGAGCCUGACGAGCGGAUGGAACACUCCCUCACUGACCCACAGAAAUUGAAAGACAGUGAAUGUGCACCUAGCCCAGGUGCUCAAGGGGAGCUUCCUUCUACCCCUCAAAAUGCCUGCUUCGCCUCCAUUCUCGGUGGGCUUCCCUGCAUCCACUUCCUCUGUUCUGAUGGGAAGUGAGAAGGGGGCUUUCCUUCUUUUUUUUCCCCAACAGAUGCCCUCCCCCAUGGCACCACUAGGUGGCGAUGGAUGCUAGUUAUCUGGCAUACCCAGGUUGGGGCUACUGGUCUCACCCCCUCAGGAGAGGUACAGAGGACCCAUAGAGUGGUCCUAGAAGAAGCAGGCCCUUGCUUUGUCCACACACUCAGGAGGAGUCACCACCUUCCUCUUUCAGGGCCCCAAGCCCAUCUCCAUCCCCUAGCCAGGCAAAAAGCCAGAGAAGCCCAGCCACUGUUUGGCUCGUUGUCAGACUGGCGCAUUCUCUUGCUUCUCAGGGAAAAACGGGGUGUGAGUGUGUGCCUGAGUAUAGAUGUGAGUGUGGGCACGUUUGUGGGGAUUCAGUCAAACUCAGCAAAACAUGUCUUGGGCUUUCUAGCAAGGCACCCUGCUAGGCAAAGAAAGCCCUGCGGUUGAGGAUGGAAGUGGAUGAAGGUUUUUGAAUGGAGGGGUGUGUUUGUAUAUCCUCUCCGCAACCCUCCUCUCUGUCGUUAUCCUUUAUUUCCACCCAAAGCGCAGCGCCUUGCUUCCCCUCUCCAUCCCUUAGUUUGUGCAGGGAUGACCCUAGUCCCAUCAGGGAGCCCUCGCUUGGGUGCCAUCUGAUCCACAGCCUGCUUGCUAGCACCAGCGCCAGACACCGUCAUGUCUCUGACUCCCAAGUCACUCAACCUUUGUGAGGCCCCAUUUCUUCAUCUGUAAAAUGGGGGGAAUGGUACCUCUAGU